UCCUUUAACUUUCAUUUUAGCGUGAACGACGACAUGUAUUCUCCAGACUCCAUUGAGCUGCUCCAGAAGUCUGGGAUCGACUUACAGCGACAUGAGGAGAUGGGAAUAGAGCCUAAUGACUUUGCGGAGCUGAUGAUAACGUCAGGGCUGGUGCUUGCGGAGGAAACGAUAUGGAUCUCGUUCCACAGUGGCUACGAUUUUGGAUACUUUGUCAAGCUCCUGACCGCAGAGUCGCUACCAACUAGUGAAGAACUGUUCUUCGAGAAGCUAAGGAAGUGGUUCCCGACCACCUACGACAUCAAGUUUAUGAUGCGGGCAUGCAAGGUGCUGAAAGGAGGCCUGCAGGAUGUCGCGGACGAUCUGGGAGUGAUGCGGAUAGGACCGUCACACCAAGCUGGCUCCGAUUCACUCCUAACGGCAUCGACAUUCUUCAAGAUGCGGGAACUCUACUUCAACGACACUAUCGACGACGCAGAGUAUAACGGCAAGCUAUAUGGCCUAGGUCAGACGUUCACCGUCCCAAACGGCAUAACGGAGACGGUCCGAGGCAGUGCGGCAACCAUUGCGGAGCGAGAAGACCGGGGACCUGCGCGGGAUAUGCAGGGGCCCAGUGCCCAAGUUCAGAUGAUGGGCAUGGCGGCGCUCACGACACCAGCCAUGGCGGGCGCAAUGCCUGCACCCUUACCGACUUCACCGUACGGGCCGUUGUCCAAUGGUCCGUACAUGAGGACAACAAUGGUGGGUGGUGGGCGGUAGAAUUGGGCAAGGUAGUUGUCCAGAGGAUGUAUCUUCUCGUCGCUCCUUUCUCUUGUUUUCUGCGCUUUCGCUCUCGCCAGGACUUAGCUGUGUCGCUGUGUAUAACAUCGAAUCUUGUAUCAAGUGGCGUACUUUGUAGUC